UCUCUAUUAGGUAAACUGCUAAAAUCUAAAGCGACUGUUUACAAUCAUAAAUUUUUAGCUGGUUAAUACAAGAUACACGACCACAAAAAGAAAAAAAGUAGACAUUGUUCAAAAUAAUGAAAAUGCCUUGUAAAACAUGAACAUAUCACAAAUCUAAUUUCGAUAAGAUAUAAAAGCUUUCACAUCACAUUGAACAAAUACAAGAAAUAUCAUAUUUUCCAUAUACAGACUAUUUUGGUUGUAGUGAGGAAAUAGGAUUUUUUCUGAGUUGAAUUGAGCCAGAAAAUUAGAUGGGUGCGAAGAAUUUUUCAACAAGUAUCCUAUAAAUGAAAUAAUUAUUCCAAGCAUUCCAAAAGCAACUAAAUAUAAUAAUAUUAACGCCUCUCGAUAGGUUAAUUCUAUCAAAUUACUCUUUAUUGGAAUUUACGUUAUAUAUAUAUAUAAACACUAUUGUUAAAAGAUAAUUGUUAUUCCGACUGGAUGUUACAGUAUAAAAUUAAGGAAUUGGCUUUUGACGAGAUUAUUGUGAAGAACAUGAAGAUUCUCACAGUUUUGUUGUUAUUGUUUUGCCAUGUUUGGUGCAAACCUCCUAUGUGUGAACAAAUUCAUAUAGAUAAUAAUGAGUUGACUGGACAAUGCUGUCUUUUUAUCAAAGGAGGCGUAUAUGACAAACAAAGAUCAAUACAAGAUUUUGUAAAUAGUUUAGAUUCGUUUAGUACCAAAACGAAGAACGUCGAAAAAAUAAUUUAUCCUGACGAUGACGUUAGUCAAUGGAAACCUAACAAAAACAAUAGAAAUAUGAAAAUUAUACCACCUGUUGAUUCAGCUAUCACUCAAAAACCAAUGCAUAGCGACGAAAACAAUAAUAAAAAUGUUAGUUUAGCCAGAAGAGUUAAUGUAGAUGUUCCAGUCACUUGCACUCAAGGAAAGAGAAAAGAUGCUGAUGGAGAAUGUGUAACGGAAUUUCAAUAAUUAAAUACGACUGCUUCUAAUUGUUAAUAAUUAUAUAUACAAUAAAAUAUCUUUUAUUUAUUUCAGAUCAUUCCUAUAUCUGCUUGAUUAAAGUUUUUUUAAUUAU